GUACCUAUUAGUACGAAUUUUCUGUGAAAAUUUUACGUUUUUGCAUACCGCGUUUUUAUGUCAAAAAUUUAUAGUGUUUGUUCUUUAUCUGCAUUUCAAUUUUAAAACAAGAAUAUAACGUUACAUUUUAUCAAGUUUUUCUUUUUAAAGUACAAUUUGUUGACACUGAAUUUGGCGCUUAUUGUCAAAAAGCCACUAGGUUAGCAAAAAUGGAGGAAGUUACGUUAAGCGUUUUUGUAGCUCAAAUUUUGACUUGAAAUUAAGGAUUGUUUAAUAAUUAUAGUGUUUUUGUUUACAAUUAAUUAGUUUAUGCUGUUUAUAUAGUGUUUGUUAGUUGUUUUUCUAUACAAGAAAAAUUAACGUUCGAAAAAUUUUCCGAUGCAACCCCGGCAAAAACAAUGGAUAACUUAAAAGGUGUUUUAGACUAUAUUAGGAACUUCUUUUCGGGUCCUCUUGAUGUUCCAAGAAAAAGGAGGGCGGUUGAUAACAGUGAUUAUUUUAUUAACCCCAAAUGUAGAAAGUUAAGUCCAACAAUGUCACAUAGAAUACCAAACACUGAAGAUAAUUGGUUGUUGGGAAGAAGGCCUUCAAUAAAUCGGCCAAAAAACCCUCCAUUAAAGGAAACAAUUGUUGUGGAAGAAAAUGACAUUCAAAUUAACAGACCAAGUUCUUACAAAUUCAAUUCCUCAAAUAUUCCUUCCUCCACCCCAGUUGACAUUCGUUUUAGACAGAAACCCCACACAAAUGGCAUCGAAGAUGAUGUUAAAUUUGUACGUGAAGAAAAAAGUGUAUUUGAAAAAUCACAACAAGCUAAAAAGUCUGGUCUAAAUUACUUAAGCACACUGUCAAACAACCUGUUUGAUAUAAAAUCUGCAAAGUCUACUCCAUCUUUACAUCAAAAUGGUGCUUUGCCCAAAAUUACCAAGAGUAUGUCAACUAUUAAUAGAAAUACUCACAAAAACUCCAGUAUGGAUUUUUCUAUCAGACUUGAUGAUAAGAUUCAGUACAAGAAACUCUUGGAAAAUGCAGGUAAUAUUAGUGCGAAUUCUUCGAUAUACUACACGCCGAUCGGCAAAUUGUUCAAACCGGACAGCCCGCCGCAGAGCAGAUCGGCGCGGAUGCUGGCGAUGGCGACCGACAACGCCGACAAGCGCCGCCCUAGCGUCGGCAGCACCGGUCGGGAUUCGUUCGGCUCGAGGCGACUUUCGACGAAAGACCAGAUCAUCAAGAUCCUCGACGAUCUCGAUACGGAGCCCGUCGUGGUGCCGGACGACGAGUCCGAUGACGACGUGGUCGUUUGUCCGCCGUCCCCCGAGCCGGACAUCAAAGUCGAGCCAGUCAAUACAUUAAAAAAAGUUAUCGACUGCAACCAACGGUCCAAGCAUGAUUGGCUAUCUGAUUUAAUUGAAAAUCAUCGAAAAAACAUAGAAGUCCGGCAAAGAGAGGUAGAAGAGUUCAGACAGAACGCCGAGUCCUAUGGAAGCAUCAACCGGGACAUCCAACGCCUGCACAUCACCUCCAAAAUAAACCACUCUUUAUCGUUGAAAGAGUCAGUUUUGCCCGUGGACGAGCCAUGCGAAGAAGUCGCGCUUCCCGAGCUAACCGACCAGCACUUGAAAAUGGUUAGAAGGGCGUUUAGCGGCGAUCCGAACGAAGUUUUGACGAGGAAAUUCAACUUAAAUAUCACAAGGCGAGAUCUCAUGACGCUGGCCGGUUUGAACUGGCUGAACGACGAAGUGAUCAAUUUUUACAUGAACCUGCUGAUGGAGCGGGGCAAGGAGUCUCAGUGGCCUAAAACUUACGCCAUGAACACAUUUUUCUACUCGAAAAUUAUCAAGGACGGUCCGGAAUCGGUCAGACGGUGGACGAGAAGAGUGGACUUGUUUAGCUACGAUAUCAUUUGCGUUCCGAUUCAUCUGGGUAUGCACUGGUGCAUGGCCAUCAUAGAUUUGAGGGAUAGGAGCGUAAGGUACUUUGACAGCAUGGGUAGCACAAACAACCGGUGUCUGGAUGCUUUAAGAAACUACUUGGAGUUCGAGCACAGCGAUAAAAAGAAAUCACCGCUCGAUACCAGUGAUUUUAAGCUUGAAAAUGUUAAAGACAUUCCACAGCAAAUGAACGGCAGCGAUUGCGGUAUGUUUUCGUGUACGUUUGCUGAAUUUUUAACGAGGAACUCUAAGAUCACGUUUAGUCAGGAAGAUAUGCCGUAUCUCCGGAAAAAAAUGGUGGUUGAGAUAAUGACUGGAGAACUUUUGAUUAAAUAAAAAUUUUUGUUUUGGUAUAGUUUUUAUUUUUCUAAAAUUACAUUUUUUAAAUUAUUAUUUAUUUUGUGGACUGUGUAUUUUAAAUACGGCAUACUUGCUUGGUUGUAAACUGCAUUCAUAUGAACAAAUCCUUCAGUUAUCCUCUCAUUUUCACUUUAUUUUAGUAAAAUUUAUACCUUUAGUGAAACUAUACAAUUGUAUUUAAACUAAUAAAAUAUCAUGUUCAC